GGCGACAGCGAGGCCGAGGGAAUCUCGUCCACGUCUCUGAUUUCACGAGCGGCAGUUCAGCGUCUAGAAAUCAGGCAGUUUUGGAUAAAGGAGAUUCGCUCGCAACAGAUGAGGGGAAUGCUUAUACCUCUAGUAUAAAUCUUUCGCAGAAGAGCAAGUCUAGGAUGAGCCCAUUGAAAUGUUUUGGGGUAGAACUUUCACCUGACAACAUGGCAGUUGCUAUUGUAUAUUUUGUUCAGGGAGUCUUAGGGCUUGCUAGGCUUGCUGUGAGCUUCUACUUGAAGGACGACCUUCAUCUUGAUCCAGCAGAGACAGCAGUCGUAUCCGGAUUUUCUUCCUUGCCGUGGCUGAUAAAACCUGUUUAUGGGUUUAUCAGUGACUCUAUCCCGCUUUUUGGUUAUCGGAGAAGGUCAUAUCUUAUUCUCUCUGGGCUUCUUGGAGCACUUUCGUGGUGUUUGAUGGCCACUUUUGUUGACAGCAAAUAUAGUGCAACAUUUUGUAUACUUCUUGGGUCUCUUUCAGUUGCCUUCUCAGAUGUUGUUGUAGAUUCUAUGGUUGUCGAAAGGGCUCGUGGUGAGUCACAGAGCACGUCUGGAUCUCUGCAGUCUUUAUGUUGGGGAUCUUCAGCAUUUGGGGGAAUAGUCAGUGCAUACUUCAGUGGUUCUUUAGUGGAUGCUUAUGGUGUGCGGUUUGUUUUUGGUGUAACAGCCUUGCUUCCCUUAAUGACCUCAGCAGUUGCUGUCCUUGUCAAGGAACAAGCAGUACUUCCUUCCAGAGUGCAUAAUCUGACAAUUUCAAGUUCAAGUUUUAUUGAAAGCACAAAGCAACAUAUAAUGCAGUUAUGGGUUGCUGUCAGGCAGCCUGACAUCUUUUUUCCCACAUUGUUUAUAUUCUUGUGGCAAGCAACACCACAUUCGGAGUCAGCCAUGUUUUACUUUACGACAAAUAAACUUGGCUUCACUCCAGAAUUUUUGGGGCGGGUAAAACUCGUUACUUCUAUGGCAUCCUUGAUCGGUGUAGGGAUCUACAAUACAUUUCUGAAGAAUGUUCCAUUGAGGAAAAUUUUUCUCCUGACAACAAUUUUAGGUUCGGCCUUGGGGAUGACACAGGUUGCUCUUGUCACAGGAUUGAAUCGACAGUUUGGCAUAAGUGACGAAUGGUUUUCUAUUGGAGACUCUUUAAUUAUAACUGUUCUCAGUCAGGCUUCUUUCAUGCCUGUUUUGGUAUUAGCUGCAAGAUUAUGCCCUUCUGGCAUGGAAGCAACUUUGUUUGCUACCCUGAUGUCUAUUUCAAAUGGGGGAAGUGUAAGUGGUGGCCUGUUUGGUGCUGGACUAACUCAACUUCUUGGUGUCACCAAAGAUAGUUUCAGCAACCUUGCUCUCUUAAUUACUAUCUGCAAUCUUAGCUCAUUGCUGCCUUUGCCCUUGCUGGGACUACUUCCUAGGGAUGCUGCAGAUACCAAAAACAUGGACAGUGAGCUGACAAAGCUGAGUUAAGCUUUAGUCUCUGACUGGCAUGAGAAAUGAACGCACAAAGUAGAGCUAGAGUUUCAGCAACUGGACUUGAUUCUGGGAAUUCUUGGUCUCAUUUCUUCCAGACAGAAGUUGGAAUAACUGGUCGAGCUGAUUUUUCAUUUCAAUGCACGACGAUGACGGGAAUACUUCUAUAGCAGACAAAGUUCAAUUUACUUCUCAGAUAAAUCGUGAGGUGGAUUCUGUGCUAUAACGGGUACACAUGCAUCAUUACAAUACACAUUCUCUUGUAUUAAUUUAUUGGUUAAAUUUACCUCUAACUGUUAGAGAAACAGGUGAUAUUCUAACUGUUAGAGAUGCAAAUUUUGUAAGUAUGUCAGAUUUUUGUCCUUGUGUCUCAUUUUUCUUUACUGCCGUUCAGACUUCCUCGUAAAAUUACAUGGUUCUUUUGUAAGUUGUACUGUUUCUCAAAAGGGGCAAAAAAGUUGUAGUCUUGUAGAAUUAAAGAGGGAAGUUUGAAAUGGACGUCUUAUAUGUACAUGGACUCA